UCUUAGACAUUACAUGUAAAAACUUUUAAAAUUUUUGUCAAAUAUAUAAUAUAUAUAAUCUAUACAUGUAUAACAUUGUUUCCAUUAAUUUUGUUUCGGCGAUGUAAAAUGUCUUUAUUUAGAACAUCUAGUCAUCUUCUCAUUAUAAAACUUGAACGCGUGUCGAAUGACAGUUAAAGAGUCAUUAAUCAGAAAUCCUUCCCUUAAUUACUGGAAAAUAAGAUUUAAACACACUCUAACAAUGAUUUGUAAUUUGUAAGAUUUCUCCGCGACCAUUUCAUUUUUCCGCACAAGUCGGAAAUAAUGAAUUGUGCGCACAUGCGCACAAGGCCGCACGCGCCAGUUUGUGACCAAAGUGGCAUCGUUAAAGCAGAAAAAGAAAAGCUGAAUUUCUCUUGAAGAUGAUAUAUAGCCCGUAGUUCUCAAAAUAUAUCAAUACAUUUCAUUUGUCUGCAAAGAUGCCGACACUCUGAGAAAGUUUGUGUAUAAUUACGUACAAAACACAAAAUUUAUAUUUUUCCAUGAAAUAAAUCACGCCUUCAGCUAAAACAAAGAUUGAUGUAUUUUGUAAGAAGAUAAUUUAAAUAAGAAUUUCUUAAAUAUUUUUGGAACAGAAUUGUAGGUGUUAAAUUUGCUCGUCACAUGCAAACAGUAUCUACACAUUGAAACAAAUCUUUGAUUUCCGUUAUAUCAACAACAUGCAUGGUCGCAGACGAGUUUCAGUAUGCAGCCACGAGAAGAAAAACAAAACUUGUAAAGCGCGUGCAAACUUUUAACUUGUCCAAUGUAAAUAUUGGUGUUGUGAUCGAAUGUUUAUUUUGAAAACAGAAUGAUUACAAAAACCUGCUCCCUCGAUACAAUAUAUACAGAAAUUUCCUUAUUUUAUGAUGCUUUGAAGUCGGAAAACACCUGGGAAUCACUUCCUCCGCUGGCGUAUGGUUCGAGUUUUAUUUUAAAAGUUAGAGAAGCAAAGAAACAAGUUUCUGUUGAAGAAAGGAAAAUAGAAAAAAAAAGAACUAACACGUCAGCGUGCUGAGCAGAAGCACAAAAAAACACGCGAAGUUUACUUCACAUGUGCGUAAACAAUGCAUUCCUUAACGUAUGGGGAAUUUCCGAAAUUCUUGAAUCAGAAACACUUUGAAAAUCCCCGAUUUUAAGUCCAAAGAUUUCAAUUUUUUAAUCAAGUUUUAAUCAAUAUGCAUUACACAUUACACAUUCCAUAUUAACAAUAAAACAUGACGCAAAUACACAUGUUAUAAUUAUUAACUUUGUAAAUUGGUAAGAGUUAACAUCGUUUGAUAAUAUCAAAUGUGAAUUUAAAAGAAAAUAGGCUGAUUAAUAAACUUAUUCAAUAAAGUAAUGAAAAUGCAUCUAUCAAAGGCGGUACUUCGACAUUUUUUCUUCGUUUUUGCAAACAAUAACGCAAUGUUUCUUAUAAUAUUUCUAGUCGACUGGACGUUAGAUAAUCAAGGGUUAAGUAGUAGAAUAGUAUGCAAUUCAAUCCAGUAAAAUACCCGUGGUUAAAUAUAUAAUCACGCUGUGUAUGUAAUUUAAGAUUCAGAGAAUAUACCUAGAAUUUCAUAAUAUUUAUAACGUCCAAAAACCUGUCAAGUCAGUAAAAAUUAAGACUACAUGUAUAAGCUCAAAGAAGCCCGUAUGUACACCGAGGGCUAUGGAAGAACAAAAAUUAUAGACAUGUUUGCCUCCUCUGUGUGAAGUAGGUUUGGUUGGGUUUUGACCAGAGUAAAAUACCGAUAAGUUCUGUCAACAAGUAUGUAUAAAGUUACAUACAUCUGUUUUAAAACAUUCUAAAACAUUAUUCCAGGACUGAGGAAUGAACACUUUGAUACAUUUUAGUUUUAAAUCAUACAUGUCGAGUCAGAUCAAAUUCUAAUUUCUAUAUUUCUAUCUCUUUAAAAGAAAAAAAAACUGGAAUAAAAUUCGCACGUUUGUGCUGUAACAAAAAACUUCGCUGGAAGAGUACGUAUGGUAAAACAGGGUCUUUGAGACCUGGGUAAAAGAAUAAAAACGCACACGCCACUGGAAUUUAUCUACGACGUUAACCGACCAAUCUAAACGCUAGCAUACAGAGAAUUUCUAUAGCAAGAGGCUUGCUUCUAGCACAUCGACUUUCCUUGCUUUUCUGGUACGGGUAAAUCAAUAUAACCGCCUUCUUACAGAAUUUGCUCGUUUACGUCUAUGGCCAUGCCCUUUCAGCUCCCCAUGCAUACUAAUUCGUUUUUACUCCGCCCACUCCCACGGUUAGCAAAUAAUUCCUCUGUGAUUCAUGCUGGUAGUUAGAAAAGCUGAGCUGUUUAACAAAUAAACCUAUCAGCACGAUAAAUAUUCUGAUCUUCUUUAAUAGUUGUCAUUGUACGGAUAAACAAAUACGGAUUAAAAUCAAAAGUUGACCAACAUUUUUAGUGUAUUUUCAAGUGUUUUUCUUCUUUACUGUUUGGAUUUUGAUACUGUCCUAUUUGUAGCAAAAUCGCUAAGUGUUUAGUAGAAGACGAUAAUAUUAAAGCUUGAGGUUAAAAAAAAAUUUAACAACCGACGUACGAUAUUAUAUUGUAGACAAUAUAAUGAUAAUUGUGUCACCUGAACGAUUCUGGUAAAUAUUAGAGCGUCUCGUGUGUAUAUAUACUGAUAUACGGUAUCGGGUGCACGGUGUUCAUAUGAUCACUGACAUUGUAGAUACAUGUUACUAUCAUUAUUUAUAUUUUACGUACAAAAACCAUUGAAGGCAACGUGAUGUGGCAAAUCUCAAAAUAUGUGUAGUCUUCUUUAAUAAUAUAUUACAAAAAUGAGACUUAUCUACGUGUAUUAAUCUACGACAUCACGGAUUUAUAUAUGAUAUCUAACAACAAAAUUAGUGCUAAUAGAACAUAAUGGUGGAGACGAUGAAUCCACUAGAAGGUGAUCGGAGGUAUGACGAUACAAGGUACGAUGAUCGAUAUCGAACCGACCACGAUAUGGAAUACCUAAAUGAGGCAAUGCCGGAUAUGCACGGGUCAGGGGAGUUUCGAUAUUGUGCAGGGUGUGGUUGUAGAAUCGAUGAUAGAUAUUUCCUCAUGGCAGCCGACAAACAUUGGCACGUGCAAUGUCUACAGUGUUACGACUGUAAACUACAUCUUGAUAAUGAACUCACGUGCUUUGUGCGAGAAGGAAAUGUUUAUUGUAAAGAAGACUACUAUAGACGUUUUUCAAUAAAAUGCUGUGCAAAGUGUCGACAUGGUAUAGCUGCAAACGAGAUGGUGAUGCGUGCACGAGACUUCGUGUAUCACGUGACAUGUUUCACGUGUUUUUUGUGCAAUAAGACUUUAAUGCCUGGAGAUUAUUUCGGUAUGCGGGACAAUAUGAUAUAUUGUCGUGAAGACUAUGAGAAUAUGAUGCAGGGUGCGCCCCAAGGACAGGGGUUACAGCCAUCUGCUAGCCCGGGGAUGAUGGGGGGACCCGGGAUUGAAAACAUUCCAUAUUUUCCACCAGAAACAAAAAGAACACAAAAGGGAAGACCUCGGAAAAGAAAAAUAGCUGCUCCAGAUAAUGGAUACAGAACGAUGGGUUUUAUGUCGGGAGAUCCAGAUGCGCAACGAGACGGAACCAUGGGCCCAGAUGGUUACAUUACAUCCGGGCAACCACGACAGAAACGGAUUCGAACAUCAUUUAAGCAUCACCAGCUUCGAGCUAUGAAAUCUUACUUUCAACUGAAUCAUAAUCCUGAUGCCAAAGAUCUCAAACAGCUCGCCCAGAAAACUGGUCUAUCAAAACGGGUUCUACAGGUUUGGUUCCAGAAUGCACGAGCUAAGUAUCGACGUCAUGUCCUAAAACAAGAGCAGACGAAAGGUGACGGCCAAGCGGUAACAGAUAGUGAGUUCCGGUUGAGUGACGAUGAGAAAACAGACGACAAGGCUUUUACAGAAAUGAGUAAUAAUAGUUCGUCGUCGUUGUCGGAUAUGAGUUCCACGCAGUCACUUCCGGACAUGCCCGCUGGGAUAACUGACUAUGACCAACAAAAUGGCGGACUGACUGAACUGUUCACUAAUUCAAUAUCUGCGAUAAAUUAACGCUAAAUAUGUGUAAAACCUUUUUCAAGAAAGUGAUAAAAAUUCAAACAUAUUUAUGACGUUCUGCUUAAACAGGUGUGGAUCAAAAUAUUUUUCGAAAAAACCUUUUGUGGCAAGUUAUUUUCGUGAAGGUUUUGUGCUCAAAACAAUUAUUUAAACACACUUCGCAAAAAAUAAACUUCCCCUUUGGACUAAAUGACAUAAUAAGAUGGGAAUAAUGUGUUUGACGAAUAUACUUAUCAAACUGAUUGUAUUGACAUAAUAUUAGAAAACUUAAACUAAAUAGUUAAAUUAUCAACUUAAAACAUUCUUAUUGAAACUAUCUCAUGAUUAUAAUUUACGAUUAAUGAAUAUAGAUAUUGUUUCGUGCUUUGUACUGUGCAGUGCCCGGAUGCAGAAUGUCUAAAUAUCCACGGAAAUGUUCACAUCUGUCAUUGUCUCGUAUUUAUCUGCUUCCAUCUUCCUUUGUAGAUUUCUUAAAGUUUUCUAAUCAACUUCUUUAAUAUUCACUUAUUUAGGCACGUGUUAGGUAUCAAUUAAAAAUCUUGUAAGUGAUAUGAUGAUAUGAUUAGUAUAACUUAAAUUUCAAAAUAGAUUUUUUUUUUGAAUUGGAUCUUAUUAAUAAUAUUUUAUUGUGUUUUUAUGUAACAGGAGCCCAUCUUUGCAUCUUAUAUAUGAUGAUCAAAAUUACAAGUUAACUUUUGUCCAACAGUUUUUUUUGUCGGUUAACUUUUUGUUUCAAUCCGUGAUACUAUCAUUGUAGGCUGAUAGGUGAACAAACACAAAUUUACCUUCAUUCUUAACUCAUGAUUAUUUUAUUCAAGAACAAUGCUAUUAUUAUUGAUAGAUUUAUGAAAAACAACAACAACAAAACACAAACAAAUGCAUGUUACUAUAAAAACAUUUUUUUUUCCAUUUCGUGCAUAUUUGCGUUUCAAACAUAGUAAUUCUUCAACAAAUAAAUCAACAUUUAAAGAAUUGUUAACUGCAUGGCAUAAUUAUGGCUUGUUUAUGUAUCAUGAUGCAUAAAUAACAAAUUUUUUAUUUUUAUUUUUACAAAAUGUUAUGAAAGAAGGCAUACAAACUUGUCAUCCCAUGUUUAUUAUUAAAGAACCACGUAAAAUAAUGAGUGCAAUAGAACUAAGUAAUGUUGACGAUAUAUAUACAUGUGUAUGUAUUUUAAAUUAUGUUUAGUCUGUGUUGGUAAACCUUAUACUUUUAUUACCCAUAAACAAAAAUUGACAAACGAUGAUAUUUGGAAUAUGUAGCAAAUGUUGUUAUGCAUUACACGCGAAACAUAAGAUUCUACACCGCCUCAAAUAUGUACAUUCGCGUUUAAUAGAAGUAUUUUGAUAUUUCUGUAGUCUGUUCACUUUUGAAACUGAAAAGAAUAAAAGUGAUGAAAAAUGUUUGUGUUCGGUAUUUUGUCCGCCAGAAAUUUCUUAAUUUAUUUACAUGGUCAAUUACCACAUUCUGAGCGAAUCUUCUAUCACGCUGAUUAUCAAUAACCAAUCAUCUCUAAAAUGAUAAUUCUACCAUGUAACUUUUUAUAUAAAUAUGUGUCACGAAUAUGUUUUUUCUUUCUUUUUGACGUUCGUUUGAAAAUAGUGUUUAUCAUAUACUUAUAAAUGAAAUAUUGUGAAAUAUUGAUGAAAUAAAAUGCGUAUUUUCAUUUUUCAUAUUUUCACUGUAAAGAUUUAUUUUUCACUGCAGUGAAACAUAUGUUCCGUAUUUUCACUGGUGUCUUGCUGGACUUCUUUCUUCUAAAUUCUACCAGUACACAAAAUUUAAGGGAAUGUUUUUCAAAUUGUUAUGUCAAAAUUGAGAAAAAUGUACAUGUAUAUAAUAAACAGAAAAUUCAAGUUUUUUUUCUAUAAAUACAGGAUGUAUUUUCAUCUUGUGGUAUGAAAAUUAUGAUAUUUCACUCGUGGCUAACGCCACUUAUGAAAUAUUUAUUUUCAUGCCACUCGAUGAAAAUAAAUUAAGUAUUUAUAGAAAAAAACUUGAAUAUGCAAAAUAAAUUUUAGAAUACCCAAUGAUGUACAAUUUUAAUCAAUACAGUAUCUAAAAACAAGACACUGAGUGUGUGUAUAUCGCGGAUUUAUUUUUCAUAUCAAUGCUUUUGUUUAUAUGAUGUAUUACUGACAUGUACUUGUUUCAUUUCUGGUUUUAUUUCAUUUUUACAGAAGAAUGUACAUGUAUUUGCCUACCGACAAAAGUGGCGAUCUCUCAUUUAACACACAAGAAAUGUGAAGUAAAAUUUUAAAAAAAUAUCGAUCUGAUAAAAUUUAUUUUUAUGUGGAUGAUAUUUUAUGAUAAUGUUAACGUUACUUUUCUUAUAAAAGCGUAGACUGAUAUAACGUAAAAAGUAUCAAUCUGCUCUACAAGUAAACAAAAUAAAAUAAAUAAUGAUAAUAAAUAAAUAAAACGUUGAACUUUCACGAUUCACACAUUUUAACCUUUGGCAUUACCCUAAGGGCUUUGAUUUUAUUAAACUGACAUAUAAUCUAUAAAUGUACAUGUUCACAAUUGUUAAACUGUGCUUAUAUUUUAAUGUUUAUAAAUGUACCUGUUUCAUUGUUUAAACUGAGGUAUACAAAUGUACAUAUUCACAAUUGUCAAGUUGUGCUUACAUGUUGACAUUCACAAAUGUGCUAGAAUUACGUGUAAUGAUUUUGAGUCAUGAUAUUUUUCUGUGACUAUGGUAUUAUUGUGAAGAGUAAACGUGAAAACAGAGUUUAUAGUUUUUCCUUGAUUACAGUUUCAAAUAAGUAUUUAACUAUAUUUUAAGAAAUAUUUAUAAUACAUAUAUUAAUAUAUAUGAUCAUAUUUCAAAAUUGAGAGCUCACAAACAAUUUAUAAUUGACAUCACAAGACUUACGUAAUAAAUUUUAU